GAAAAUAUGUGAUGCGAUGAGCACAAAACCCAAAGGCCAAGUUUUCUCUUCUUCUUUUUAAAAGCCUCUCAACCCUCCUCAUUUUCUGCUUUUACCGUCUCCACUCUUUCUCAUACUCGUCCAAAUGGCUACACAAGAAGCAGCUGAAAAUCCUCUCAAACCCAUCAAAAACAAGACGUGGAUCCUCAGAACUUCUAUUCACUGUGAAGGCUGCAAAAGAAAAGUCAAGAAAAUCCUUGAUCAAGUUCAUGGUGUUGAAAAUGUAGAUAUUGAUAUUAAGCAACAAAAAGUAAUAGUAACUGGCAACGUAGAGGUAGAUUCUUUGAUCAAGAAACUGAAAAAGUCUGGAAAGAACGCAGAAUUAUGGCCUGAAAAAACUGGGAAAAAGGAGAAAAAUUCAGUGCAAGAAAGAAACAAAGAGAAACAGAUUAAAAGACAAAACAAUGAACAAAAUGUCCAGAGAAGCGGUGUUAAGAAAGAGCAGAAGCCAAUGGGGAAUGUCGAAGCGGUUCAAGAUCCAGCGAAAACAAGUGAUGGGGGUGCUUCAACUAGUGGGUCUGUAGCUAAAAGUGGUGAAGGAAGUGUUGGCGCAGCUCAAGUUGAUGCCGGUGAAGUGAAAAGCGAUGAAAAAAUUGAUGCCGGUGGUUCAGUUAAAGUUAGUGAAGGUCUGGUUAAAACAACAGGAGGCGUUCAGGUGGCAGAGUCAAAAUUAGAGAAGAAGCCGGAGCCGGAGAGUAGCGCAGCCAAUGCGCGGCCGCCGCCGCCGGCGAAGGAGGAGAAAGGGGAUAGUGAAAGUAAAAGUGGCGUAGCUUCUGAGAGUAAUAACGGUGGUAGUGACGGCGUUGAGGCGCACACUUCUGGUAAAAAGAAGAAAAAGCAAGGGCAAAAUAGUAAUAACAUAGAGCGCGCGAAAUCGAGUGCUGCCACACCGGCAUCCACUGGAUCAGAUAAGCAUCGUGGUGCAGGCCAACCUCCAAUCUCCAUUCCAGCUAAUCAUAUUCCUCCACGUCAGCAUAAUUAUCAUGACUACCCAACCCCACUCCAUCACUAUGGGCCGCCACCAGUAUACACCGUGAGCCACAAUACGACGUAUCCUACUAGUAGCUAUACAGCAUCCUAUUCGGCCCCACCACCACAUUCGUAUGUUUAUACAUAUUCGGGACGAGAGGACGAGCCGCCACCACCCUCCUAUUCCGAUUCGUACCCACCACAGCCACCACCCUUUAAUGCUGACUCAUACCCACGCCAACCGUUGGAUACAUUCGAAAUGUUUAGCGACGAAAAUCCGAAUGGUUGCUUUAUCAUGUGAUGGACCUUUGGCACUCUUAAUACAUAAAAUGGGGGUAUACUUGGCUUAUACAACUUGUAUGAGGAAGACUUUGUAAUUUUGAGUAGAGGUUUUUUGCCAAUUUUCUUUUUAUUCUCUCGUGGGAUGUACUUGUGUUCCGGGUCUCUCUUGUCCACAAGUGGGAUAGCCGAGUCAUUCCCCUUUCUUUAUGAUACUAAUCCAAGCCAAACUAAUAGAAACAAAUCUAUUCAAUGAA